CCCAUCAAUAAGCAAAGGAAAGGGCGGGUCAUGCGCGCGGCAUUUUGGGAACCCGUGGUAUUCUGGGAACGUGGUUGCCGCCAUUCGCUUUCCUCACGCCUUUGCAGUCGCUUCAAUUUUAGCCACAUCUUAGAGAAGAAGGAGUAGGCCGCCGCCGAACUCUGUUCCGGCCAAGAUGUCUAUUGGUGUGCCGAUUAAAGUUCUGCAUGAGGCCGAGGGCCACAUUGUGACAUGUGAGACAAACACGGGUGAGGUAUACCGAGGAAAGCUCAUUGAAGCAGAAGACAAUAUGAACUGCCAGAUGUCCAACAUCACAGUCACAUACAGAGAUGGCAGAGUAGCACAACUGGAACAGGUGUACAUCCGUGGCAGCAAGAUCCGCUUCCUGAUUUUGCCUGACAUGCUGAAAAAUGCACCCAUGUUAAAGAGCAUGAAAAAUAAAAAUCAAGGUUCAGGGGCUGGCAGGGGGAAAGCUGCUAUUCUGAAGGCCCAAGUGGCUGCAAGAGGAAGAGGACGUGGAAUGGGACGUGGAAACAUCUUCCAAAAACGAAGAUAAUUUUCUCUGUUGAACAGAACUUUACUCUUCUUCUUUUAGAUUAUCUGAAUUCAUGGGGAUAGGUGCCUGUAUGUAUGUCCUAGGUUUUGUUUGGGGAUUUUUGUUUUGUUUAUUGACAUUUUUCUCUUUAGAUCAGAGGAAAUGUCAAACUAAAUAAAUUUGGUUAUUUUGUUUUUUGAGAAAA